GGGGGCGUGGCGUCGCCAGGGCGGAAGUGUUCUAACUUGUGAUCUGUGUUGUUUUUUUUAGAUAUUCCCCUGUUCUCCUCCACUUACUAAUCCGUAUUAUCUAACCCCACCGCAUUGUCUGAACGAACCCCCUCGGGCGGUCACAUUGGGUAUGUAACGCCAGGCUUACAUACUUAACCCCUGCGCGUCAUGUUCAUACGUCGGAGCAAGUCAGUGCAACUCAAAAGUUCACCAGGAAUGAAUAUCUCACUCUCUAGGCGUUGAUCAAAAUAACAUAGUUUAACUCAGAUCGGCCAUCUAAGCGAGGAUCGGGGUUACAGGACCAGUGAAACAUGUCUAUCCAGUACGGGGAGCCAGACAUGGCUGGGAGCUACGGGGUGGUGGACUCGUUCCCCAAAGACUUCGGCUACGGGGGCGACGAGGCGGGCAUCGACGAUGACAGCUCGGCGUCAGCUGACACCCAGCCCAGGAUACUGCUCAUGGGGCUUCGCCGGAGCGGCAAGUCCUCCAUCCAGAAGGUCGUCUUCCACAAGAUGUCGCCCAACGAGACGCUCUUCUUGGAGAGCACCAACAAGAUCCACAAGGACGACCUCUCGGGAAGCUCCUUCGUCAACUUCCAGAUCUGGGACUUCCCCGGACAGGUGGACUUCUUUGACCCCACGUUUGACGACGAGAUGAUCUUCACGGGCACCGGAGCCCUCAUCUUCGUCAUCGAUGCCCAGGACGACUACGUGGAGGCCCUGGGGCGGCUGCACGGGACGGUGUCGCGGGCGUACCGCGUCAACCCCCACAUCAACUUCGAGGUGUUCAUCCACAAGGUGGACGGCCUGUCGGACGACCACAAGAUCGAGACCCAGAGGGACGUGUACCAGCGGGCCAAUGACGACCUGGCCGACGUGGGGCUGGAGAAGCUCCACCUCAGCUUCUAUCUGACCAGUAUCUAUGACCACUCCAUAUUCGAGGCCUUCAGCAAAGUGGUCCAGAAGCUCCUCCCCCAGCUGCCCACUCUGGAGAACCUCCUGAACAUCUUCAUCUCUGUGAGGUUCGGCGAUGGGAAGUAUGUGUCCUUCCAGGAGCGUCAGUGGCACCAGCCCUGCUUCAAGUGCUCCCGCUGCAGCGUGUCGCUGGUGGGCGCCGGCUUCUUCCCCGACAGAGACCAGAUCCUCUGCUCGGACUGCAACAGCGACGAAUGA